AUUUGAUCUUUUAUCUUAAAACUCUCAAAAACAGAUUUCGACAAGUACUACUACGUACUAAGUCAAGAACUUUUUGUUUUUAAAAAGCGUCAAAGCAGUUGUUGAUUCUCUAAUGGAUAAUUUAAUUUCUGACGCAAGUAUUAACAGCGCUAGAGCUUCGCACUCGGACGAGGAAGUGAUUUUGGCGGCGUGCCGGCCAAAGAAGAAGUCGGGGAGGAUGGUGUUCAAGGAGACGAGGCACCCGGUGUACCGCGGGGUGCGGCGGAGGAACAACGACAAGUGGGUUUGCGAGCUCCGGGAGCCGAACAAGCAGUCUAGGAUAUGGCUCGGGACGUACCCGACGGCGAAGAUGGCGGCGCGCGCGCACGACGUGGCGGCGUUGGCUUUGAGAGGGAGGUCGGCUUGCCUCAAUUUCGCGAACUCGGCAUGGCAGUUGCCCGUCCCUGCCUCCACGGAUGCUAAGGACAUCCGUGCGGCCGCAGCGGAGGCUGCCGAGGCGUUUCGGCCAAAGGCGGAAUGUGGUGGCUUUUCGGGGAGUGAGGAGGUGGUGCAGGCGGAAAUGGAGGAGGAGAAGGGUAUUGUAACAGAGGAGGAGGAGAGAGUGUUUUAUACGGAUGAAGAGGAAAUGUUUGGUAUGCCACGGUUUUUUGCUGACUUGGCGGAAGGGCUA